AUGCAGGUACAAAGCAGAGCCCGUAUUUAUGCUGAUGUGAAUCUGAACAAGCCCCGUGAGUAUUGGGACUAUGAAAACUAUACCAUUAACUGGGGAGACCAAGAUGAUUACCAAAUCGUGCGGAAGCUUGGCCGUGGAAAAUACAGUGAAGUUUUUCAGGGGAUAAAUGUUACCAACAAUACCAAUUGUGUUAUCAAGGUGCUUAAGCCAGUGAAGAAGAAGAAGAUUCGUCGUGAAAUCAAGAUUUUAGAAAAUCUCAGGGGGGCCGAAAAUAUUGUUUCUCUCUUGGCUGCUGUCAAGGAUCCUGUGUCGAGAACUCCAGCCCUUAUUUUUGAAUACGUUGACAACAAGGAUUUCAAGGAUUUGUACCAAAAUCUGACUGACUACGACAUUCGGUUCUACAUGUUCGAAUUGCUUCGCGCUCUCGAUGCAUGUCACAGCAUGGGAAUCAUGCAUCGCGAUGUCAAACCUCACAACGUCAUGAUUGACCAUCCAAUGAGGAAGCUCCGCCUUAUUGAUUGGGGUCUUGCUGAAUUUUACCACCCUGGUCAGGAGUACAAUGUUCGCGUCGCAUCUAGGUAUUUCAAGGGGCCAGAGUUACUUUUGGAUUAUCAGACAUAUGACUACUCACUCGAUUUGUGGUCUCUGGGUUGCAUGUUGGCAAGUAUGAUAUUCAAAAAGGAACCCUUUUUUCACGGCCACGAUAAUUAUGACCAGUUGGUGCGCAUUGCAAAGGUUUUGGGCACGGUUGAGCUGUUUGAUUACAUUCGUAAGUAUAACAUUGAAAUGGAUCCUCGUUUUAAUGACAUUCUGGGAAGGCAUGGUCGAAAACGCUGGGAUCGUUUUAUUACGGCUGACUGUGAGCAUCUAGCAACACCAGAUGCGAUCGAUUUGCUCGACAAGUUGUUGAGAUAUGAUCACCAUGAGCGCCUUACGGCGAAGGAAGCAAUGGAGCAUGAAUACUUUGCCAGCAUUCGAAAGGCCCGCUCCGAGGGCGCUGCUGCUGCUGCGGUUGUUGCUGCGAAUAAUGGGAGCAAGGAAGGAUGCAACAGCGUUGGCGAUGUUAAUUCAAAGGAUGUCGCAAACUAG